UUGUAGCGGGAAGUCGACAACUGAAACAGCCGAUCCAAAAACUGUUUUUUAAUUUUUUUACUGAAACGGUCGUUUUAGCGAAUGAGUGAAAUAGUUUAGCCUAUUUUUAUAAACAACUAUUGAGCAACCUAACUCUAGACGCACUCUGUGAGACGCUCUGCAGCCAUGACUCAAAGAAAACGACCCUCUAACACACUGAGGCUCAGUCAAAGUAAACGGCAGUCCAACAGCGUUAUGACGCAGGAGGAAGACGAAGAUGUGACGUUUACACAGCCAAGCUCCUCCCAGGUCCAAAGAGGUCUGGAGAAACUUACACCUGCGCAGGUUGACCAAAAGACUGCUGAAGUGGUGCAGUACAUCCUGGUAAAAGACCAGAAGAAGAUCCCAGUGCGCAGAGCAGAAUUGGUUAAAAAUAUUGUGAAGGACUAUAGAACAGUCUAUCCUGAGAUCAUAAAGAGGGCAAAACGGAUAUUUGAGCAGGUGUUUGGCUUAAAACUGGUUGAGAUUGACCCUAAAAAUCAUAUGUAUAUUCUGGUCAAUAAUCUGGAUACCCCUGCAGCCGCAGCCUCACCAGUCAAAUGUCCAAGCAACCCAAAAACAGGUCUGCUGUUUGUGAUCCUGAGUGUUAUUUUUAUGAAAGGAGGCAUUGUCAGAGAGAACCAAAUUUGGAACACUCUGAAGAAACUCCGAGUUGAUCCGGGGCAGAGACAUGAGGAGUUUGGUGAUGUGAGGAAGGUCGUCACUGAAGAAUUUGUGCGUCAGAGAUACUUGGAGUAUACUAGAAUCCCACACACAGAACCAAUAGAGUAUGAAUUCCGCUGGGGUCAUCGGGCCGACAUGGAGGUGUCCAAAGCUCAGAUCCUAGAGUUUAUGGGUCAGCUUCAUGAACAGGAUCCUCGGAGCUGGAGUCAGCAGUACAGAGAAGCUCACACUGGAUCCAGCUCGUCCCAAAACGCCAGCUCCAGCCAAACCUCCAGCCAUGCCAGCACCAGCAGAAAAUAACUUCAUUCAUUCCUAAAAACUCUCCAGACAUGCUGCUAGUUUCAGCCCAGUUAAACCAGGCUAUCAGCUUCUCAUCAUCUUGGUAAAAGCUCCAAAGUUGACCUCGGUCUGGACGCCGAUCGAACAUCAGUGUGGGAAAAAAACAUGUUUAAAAUAUUUUAAGAAUUUAUUCCAUAUUUUGUUUAUUUUUGGUGUACAUCAAAGCUGCAGAGGACAGACGUGGUCAGAAGUUUCUGCCAUCUCACAAUUGUUGUGAGGUUUCAAUGUUUUUAACUUAACUAGAUUUUGUAUUUGGAUAAAUAUUUGUAAAAGGCUUUAUUAGCUUUUGUAAAGUUUAGCAAAAAUAAAAUAUUUUCAUUUUUUUUUUUUUUUUUUACAACGGGUAUAAAAUUAUGACAAACGUCUCUGAAGAAGCUGGGUGUGAAAAAGCUCCCCUGAUAUCACUGUCCAUAUUAUCAGAAGAGAAAAAUUAGAUUUAAGGAACCUGUUGAGUUAAUUUAUCAAUUUCAAUCUUUAGUUUCUGUCUGAUAAAUCUGGACUAGAUUCUAACAAAGUGUAAUUUUUUCCAGAAUAACUUCAGGAAUUCAAAAAUAACCACAGUACAAACAUGAAGUUGAUUCAGGCACCUAUUUUUAUCCACACAGCAUGGCUACAACAACAACAGCUUGUACAACAAAUGUGAACAAUGUUUCACUGUUAGGCAGUCAGUUUUAAAGAUCCAGGUUCUUAAAAGUAAAUUACAGUGAUUGACUGAGACACAGAGGUGAAAUGCUAAGAUCAUGAUUAAAAAAACACACCAUGAAAGUGAAGUAAAGAAAAAUCACAGCCCAAUUAAAAGUGUAGAGAAAAGCUGGUUCUAACCAAUCGACCAUUUACUGGAAGUUACCAUACAUGUAUGAAGCAGUAGCUUUGCAAAUGGGUUUUAAAAAGUGCACAAGUGCAACAGAACUCCACAGGUAGAAUUUAAAAACAGAUUUCAGGUAAACCAGGAAGAGCUUCAGAAACCUGUUACUGCAUUUUCAAAGAAAUCAAAAACCAUAUAAAAACGAUUGGUCUCAAAGUCAUUAUUUCAACUUUCAUAAUUAUGUGAGGCAUGUUCAAUUUCAGAGUAGGGAUUGAGAUUGACCCAUUACAUGCAAUACAUUCAGAAAAUGUUGCCAGAUGUGAUGUGAUAAAUGAACAAUUAUUACAAUGCUUUGAUCCUCCUGCUUUGGAUUCAUGGAAAACAGAUAACAGCUGCUGGAAAAUAUAUUCAUUGAUUGAAAAAAAUAACUCCUAAUGACUUCACCACCUAAAACUUUUUAUGCUAUUUUUAAACGUGUGACCAAAUAUUUAACAGCAAUUUUUUUUAAGUCCAGGCCUUUUUUUGGUUUUUGCAAUGCAGUGAUGUUGUGACUGAUAAAUUCUAGGUAUAUUUAGUGCAUUUCUUUUCUAAAAUGUCAUUUCAACUAAUGACUUAUAUAGGUAGAGUUAUAACUCAUAUUUAUGACAAAAUUUGUCUCGUUUAGUUUUAUUUUGAAAGUAUGAGACUUGCAAUGUUUAUAUCCCUUUGGGAUCAAGUAAGUUUAUUUUUGUUGCUUUUUUUUCUUGGAAGUUUGGGGUUUUAGAAAUACGCUGUCGUAAAAGAGGAGUAAGUUCAUUAGUUUAAUGUUUUGGUACCACAGUAACAGGAGAAAAUCACUGGAAGGAAUGCUGGUAACAAUCUUUGAAAUAUCACAGCAGAAAAGUAUACAUCUAGACCCUUUAAUGAGCUAAUGUAAAUCUUCACAUUUUUUUUUUUUAUAAAGGAAAAAAAAAAAUAGUCUUCGCCUAUUGAGAUGGGCUACAUACUUAAAGAGGCUUGAAAUAAAAAAUAAAACUUGUUUUCCUGAAUUGGAAGCUGUUGUUUAUUAGAGGAAAGUUUGCUUGAUGCAUCAGCUGACCAAUCAUAACAAUCUGAAAUAUUCAUCACUUUGCUUAACAGAUCUGCAUUUUUAUUUCUUCCAAAGAUAGCCUCUUGUUUGCUACUUUUUUUCCAAAAAUUAUAUUAUUAGUGGAUUGAAAGAAAAAAACCCAACAAACUUGGAAAUGGUGUAACCGAUGCCAGAUCAGAAUUUAGCAGCUUUUGUGUUUCCACUAUGUAGCACAGAGGAGCGGUUGGGCUCCAGGAAAGAUUCUCUUUUUUUUUAGUCCAGGUGAAAUUCUUCUCCACUUUUUUAUUUUUUGGUUCCUGCAGAAGGGUUUGUAGAUAUAAGACAGUGUCUCGCUGCUAAAACUCUUUUCCCACAGUUGCUAGUUGAGUCUACGUAGUUUGACAAUCAUUGACAAAAACAAACAUUUAGAAAGAACACUGUGGUUUAGCACUGAUAAGUACCGGACGGUUAAUGGCAUAAAGCCAUCCAGAGCUUUAAAAGCUGCUGUUCUGAUAUUUUUGAUGAUGUCCCAGUCUUGUUUUCAGCUAUUUGGCAAAAGUUUCCCCCUGCAGCUGCACACUGCCAGCCAGCUGGAUGAAACCCAGGCUGCCUCACUUCCCCCCUGCUGGUCAAAUCAGCUGUAUUCUGCAUAUUUUUCUAUAUGUAUCUAUAAUGCUCAGUUCCUUACAGCAUAAGUAAUAUUUAUAUUUUAGUUUUGAAUAAAUUAAAAAGGAUAAUCUGAUG